AUGGCGCUCAUCUGCCUCGUCGCAGCGCUGAACUGUGCAACCAUCGGAUACGACGCAAGCAUGAUGUCCUCCCUUAAUAUCCUGUCCGAGUUCCAGACGCAGUUUGACAUAGACACAAACCUCAAAGGCCUGUUGACUGCGGCUCAGAACCUUGGCUCCAUCGUCACCGGGUUCUUCGUCGGUGCCCUGGUAGACAAGUAUGGCCGCAAGAUGGGUAUCCUCAUAUCCUCCUGCCUCGUGCUCGUGUCCUGCAUCUUGCAUUCCACGGCGACUACCAAGGCACAGCUCUUCAUCGGACGCAUCAUCGUAGGUAUCGCAAAGUCAGUGGACAUCGCGUCCGUGCCGACCUACCUGGUCGAGCUUGCGCCACCCACGCGUCGAGGUUUCGUCGCCGGCCUGUACUGGGCGUGCUGGCUUCUCGGUGCCAUUAUUUCCUCCGCUGUCGGCUAUGGAGCUCGCAGCAUUGCGGGAUCUUGGUCGUGGCGUCUCAUCUGCAUCUGCAUGGCCGGCCCGGCCCUUUCCUGUAUCCUCUGCCUCUUCUUUAUCCCAGAGUCUCCUCGAUGGCUGAUCGCCAACGGCCGGGAGCAAGAAGGCCUUGGCGUUCUCGCCAGGUUCCACGGAAGGGGAGACGAGUCGCAUCCCUUGGUCACUUCGCAGUUCAGGGAGAUCAAGGAGACGAUUACGUUUGAGCAGGAGAACCAGUUCGAGUCUUACAGGGCCUGGUGGAAGGCUUUCAUCGGGGCCAAGGAAAACCUCUACCGGGGCUUCAUUCUCAUGACCCUGGGCGUAUUCGAGCAGACCAUCGGCUCCAGUAUCAUCACCUUUUACCUGGGCAGCGUCCUCGACCUGGCGGGCAUCACAUCGGAGAAAGAACAGUUCGCCAUCAACGUCAGUCAAAACUGCGUCGCCUUCCUCUCUGCUCUGGUUGGUAUCUGCUUCAUCGAUCGCGUCGGUAGAGUUCCCAUGCUGGUGGCCGGCACUACCUUCUGUGCCGCCGUUCUCGCCACCAUGGCCGGCCUGACUGCGCGGGAGACGGACAAUUCUCUCGGCCGCAAUGGAAUCAUUGCCAUGGUGUACCUCUUCCAGAUCGGAUACUCGUCUACAUGGACGCCCUUGUCGUUCUCUUACUGCGCCGAGAUCCUCAACUUUACCAUCAGAGCCAAGGGCAUGGGUAUCUAUAGCGUGUUUACUUCGUCAGCUGGCUUCUUCAACCAAUACGUGAUCCCCAUCGGUCUGAGCGGCAUUGGAUGGAGGUUUUAUAUCGUGGGCACUGUCUGGAAUAUUUUUGUUGCCAUCGUCAUCUUCUUCACCUACAUGGAGACACGCGGUCUCACACUGGAACAGAUCGACCAGCGCUUCAAGGGUGUCCCCCGUGACCAGCUUGUUGAUAUCACGCAAGUCUAUUAUGGAGUGAAGCCUAUUACAGAGGGGGAGUUGGAGAGCAAUGCAAAGCAGGAUGUGAAGAACUCUGUCGAGUAG